CUCUGUUAACCAUGUACCAAAGUGUUUUGCCGCGAAAACUAAAAUGAAAACGAAAGUGAAAAUGAGCGAAUGGCAGCCGCGGCCACAGCAAUCGAUCCAUGACACAACCAGUGACAAGCAGUCCCCCAGUGAAAACGCAUCCGCAUCCGAGUCCGAUACCGAUACCGAUUCUGAAUCGGAGUGAGUGCCGCGUCCGAGUGCGUCCCCUGUCCACGUCCACCAUCGGCGGAGCAGGUGUGCCUGAGGCCCACCUGGUGGCAUGGCCGCCGUCGCCGGCCUCUACGGCCUUGGGGAGGAUCGCCAGCACCGCAAGAAGCAGCAGCAACAGCAGCAGCACCAGAAGGAGCAGCUCGAGCAGAAGGAGGAGCAAAAGAAGAUCGCCGAGCGGAAGCUGCAGCUGCGGGAGCAGCAGCUACAGCGCAACUCCCUCGAUGGUUACGGGUCUUUGCCCAAAUUGAGCAGUCAAGACGAAGAAGGGGGGGCUGGUCAUGGCUUUGGUGGCGGACCGCAACACUUUGAACCCAUUCCUCACGAUCAUGAUUUCUGCGAACGAGUCGUUAUAAAUGUAAGCGGAUUAAGGUUUGAGACACAACUACGUACGUUAAAUCAAUUCCCGGACACGCUGCUUGGGGAUCCAGCUCGGAGAUUACGGUACUUUGACCCGCUUAGAAAUGAAUAUUUUUUUGACCGUAGUCGACCGAGCUUCGAUGCGAUUUUAUACUAUUAUCAGAGUGGUGGCCGACUACGGAGACCGGUCAAUGUCCCUUUAGACGUAUUUAGUGAAGAAAUAAAAUUUUAUGAAUUAGGUGAUCAAGCAAUUAAUAAAUUCAGAGAGGAUGAAGGCUUUAUUAAAGAGGAAGAAAGACCAUUACCGGAUAAUGAGAAGCAGAGAAAAGUCUGGCUGCUCUUCGAGUAUCCAGAAAGUUCACAAGCCGCCAGAGUUGUAGCCAUAAUUAGUGUAUUUGUUAUAUUGCUAUCAAUUGUUAUAUUUUGUCUAGAAACAUUACCCGAAUUUAAGCAUUACAAGGUGUUCAAUACAACAACAAAUGGCACAAAAAUCGAGGAAGACGAGGUGCCUGACAUCACAGAUCCUUUCUUCCUUAUAGAAACGUUAUGUAUUAUUUGGUUUACAUUUGAACUAACUGUCAGGUUCCUCGCAUGUCCGAACAAAUUAAAUUUCUGCAGGGAUGUCAUGAAUGUUAUCGACAUAAUCGCCAUCAUUCCGUACUUUAUAACACUAGCGACUGUCGUUGCCGAAGAGGAGGAUACGUUAAAUCUUCCAAAAGCGCCAGUCAGUCCACAGGACAAGUCAUCGAAUCAGGCUAUGUCCUUGGCAAUAUUACGAGUGAUACGAUUAGUUCGAGUAUUUCGAAUAUUUAAGUUAUCUAGGCAUUCGAAGGGUUUACAAAUAUUAGGACGAACUCUGAAAGCCUCAAUGCGGGAAUUAGGUUUACUUAUAUUUUUCUUAUUUAUAGGCGUCGUACUCUUCUCAUCGGCGGUUUAUUUUGCGGAAGCUGGAAGCGAAAAUUCCUUCUUCAAGUCCAUACCCGAUGCAUUUUGGUGGGCGGUCGUUACCAUGACCACCGUUGGAUAUGGUGACAUGACGCCCGUCGGCUUCUGGGGCAAAAUUGUCGGCUCUUUGUGCGUGAUCGCUGGUGUGCUGACAAUCGCACUGCCGGUACCGGUUAUCGUCAGUAAUUUCAAUUACUUCUAUCACCGCGAAACGGAUCAGGAGGAGAUGCAGAGCCAAAAUUUCAACCACGUUACAAGUUGUUCAUAUUUACCUGGUGCACUAGGUCAACAUUUGAAGAAAUCCUCACUCUCCGAAUCGUCGUCGGACAUAAUGGAUUUGGAUGAUGGCAUUGAUGCAACCACGCCAGGUCUGACUGAUCACACGGGCCGCCACAUGGUGCCGUUUCUCAGGACACAGCAGUCAUUCGAGAAGCAGCAGCUCCAGCUUCAGCUGCAGCUCCAGCAGCAGUCGCAGUCGCCGCAUGGCCAGCAGAUGACGCAGCAGCAGCAGCUGGGCCAGAACGGCCUAAGGAGCACAAAUAGUUUACAGUUAAGGCACAAUAACGCGAUGGCCGUCAGUAUUGAGACCGACGUCUGACUACUAGUCAAACAAAUGGAAAAUGGACGAAAUUUGCGCAGUGAAAUGCUACGUUGGAUGCCAGAAACGUCAUCAAAAGCAGUCUAAUUUAGAAUUUUAUUAAUAAAUACAAUUAAAAUAUAAUUAUAAUAAUUAGUAAGCAACGUAGUUGUAAAUUAAACAGCAAAUGUACACAGACACAACACACACACAGACACAGUGCCAGUUCACUCAGCUUGAAUUAGAGUAUUUGUAGACACCAAAAAGAGUCAAAUAUGGACUGGCCUUCAAUAGGGAUUUCCUUGUUUCUCCUUUCAUUUUCCUUCUGGUAAUCUAUACACCGAAAACACUUACACACACACACGUCCACACACACUCAAUGAAAAAACUCUACUUGAUACCUAUGUUCAAAUUUAGCAAUUAACAACUAACAAUCGUUAACAACAACAAAACAAAACAUAUAAAACAAAAAACGAGAAAAAAAACAAACAAAACCAAAAUCUAAUUAUCUUAGUAGACUAAUCUAAUUGGAGUUUCUUCCUUUCUUUAGAAGCUAGCAAAACAAAAACAAAGAACAACAACAACCAGACAAAAACAAACAUACAAUAUCUGCUAAUUUUAUUUUCAUCUUUAAAUUAUGCUCUAUUAUUAAAUAUUAGUCAGAAUAUUAGUAAAACAAACUAAACCGAAAGAAAAUACCAAAACAACAACAACAACAAGUAGCGGAAACGGAAAACUAAGGGCAAACUAAAGGCAAGGCAAAAUAGAAAAGGAAUAUGGAACGACGGAUUAUCGUCGUUAAAACAGUGCUCGGUUGAUAUGUUUCAUUCAAUAUUUUAGAUAUCGAUUUGAUUUCGAAACGUUUUCCUCGCAUUAAUACCAAUAAUUUACUUAGAGAUAUAUGAGAUUAAUUAUUGCAGUUUAUAAAAUGGAAAGCCCUAAGCUUAUUUUGACAAUUAGGCAUCGUCCGAUGAUUGAUUAUUUUCGUAUAAAGGACAUCCAUUUAACUCGAGCGCUGUUUUGAUAUUUCGUUGACACUACCAACACAGCCAUACACAUAGACACAUGAGACACACAUGAUAAUGCUAAAAACAUCAAAACUGCCGUUAAGUUUAAAGAAUGAGUAAUAAAAGGAUUAUAUAUAAAUAAAUAUAUAUUAAAUAUAUACAUACAUUUACAUAUAUAAUUAAAUAUACAUAAACUAAAGUAAAACUGCUAUUUUGUAAAUAAGUGAGUCAGAGCUGAAGCUGAACAAAUAGACAUAGACACAAAAUAAAUAUUAAACGACAAAAAAAAACAAGCAAAAACCAACCAAAAACCAAAAUCAUAGCUAACUAAAGGGAAUACAAAAACGAACCUAAAACCAAAAAUAAGGAAAGCUGCUAACGAUACAAAAACAAUAAUUAAACUUAGCAAAUACAGACAACCUAAAACAGCCACAAAAAAAAGAAUGCCACAAGAACAAAAUCUAGAAGAAACCGCGCUGAUCUUUCCAUUUAGGAACCAAGAAACCAAAAAGAGGAAACCAAUUGCAAAUUUUAUAUGAGACCUGUAGGAGAAUCCUGGCUCAUCCAGUACUAGCUAUGAUCUCUUAUAGAGACCCUUGUGAUGCCCACGUGCAUGGACCUGCUUUUGUUUGGUUAAAUACAGUCUAUUAUAGUUUCUAGUUUAGUUUAGUUUAGCCUGUCUUCCCUUAGGAAAAAGAGACGGCUGUAACAGCUUCGAUAUUCAGUUCUCAACUCGAGAGAUAUGCAGUAUAAAUCGUAUAUAUUCCUCAGAACUGUUGCAUGUUGUAUGUGUCUUUAUUUUGUCUCCACUGCACGCACAGAACACACAGAUACAGAUACAGAUACGGAUACAGAAACAGAAGCUUUAGGAUCUAAUAGCUCACACAAACAUGUUCAUGAGUUGUAACUUGAUUCGCUGUCUUCCUGAUUUUUGUGAUUUGAUAACAAUCGAAAUCUUCUCACUUGAAAAGCGUUCAAUCUAGCGACUUCAACUUUUGUCAAAUUCCUAGAAAACGGCAAACGGAAAAAGAAAACUAAAAGCUAUAAAAAAAAUCGGAUAGGAAAAUCGUUAGGGGUAAAACCAAAAUUAUCAAUUUCAAUUUGCAUGCGCAUUCGAUAUAUCAAUUCUAUACAACAUAAGAUACAAAUACGUUUGAACUGCUUCCACUGCUUCACUGUGCAGUGCAUAGUGCCGAAUGUCAGCGUGCAAAUAGAUCGAUCGAAGCCAUAUCUAAAUUUCUCUAUACCUAGAAUCCUACCUACAAAGCUUUGCUUCUACUGCUCUUGCUAACCAAAACGAAUUAUGAAAAUCGAAAUGGAGGGAGGAGAAUCAGACGAGGGAGCCCACAAGUUACUUUGGACCACAGAAGAAACAUCUCACAAGCCAGAAGAUUUGGAUGGUGAGGAUUACGUAGUGUUACGUUAACAAUUACGAUAACGAUGAUAUAACUUUGGAGUUAAAGAUGGGAUAGAUGGGAUUACCAUGUUGAGAACUAAGCUAACGCAGGCAUAUAUACAUACACACAUAUAUGAUAUUUAUAUAUAUUCGGAUAUAUAUAUAUAAAUAUGUUUUUUUUUUUGUUAGAUAUGCGACUGAAUAAAAAGUUUUUAUUGAUUUGCUGCUUGUUGUAAUUAAGAAGAAUUUAAACCAAUAUUUAUACCGAAGCAAUCUGUAAAUAUGUAAAAACGAAAAAUGAAAAAACCGAAAAAAACGGAAAACCAAGCAAAAAAUAUAAGAGCGGGGAGAAAAAAAAACGUUAAAUAAAUCGAAUCAAUUUACAGCUUUGAAAACCGUCCACACGCACACAGCAAACGAAUGAGAUAAAGAUAAAGAAAAAGAAUGAGAAGGCGAUAGCGAAUGAGAAUGAGAAUGCGGCGAAGAAUUAGCGCGGGAAAGAGAGGGAGAAUCAACUAGAACCGAAAGUCAUUCUUACGUAUACUUGAUUUGGCCUUAAAGAAACACGCCUGCUUGCACACACACGAACACAGACACACAUUCAUGCUCCGAUCGGCCCUACCUAUAUACGAAUAUAUAUAUUAUAUAUGUAUGUAUAUACUAGUAGCAAAUGUUGAAGCAUCCCAUGUUGUGUACUCAUGUCAAUGUCCCGGCCAUAUCCAUUAGCAUUAUAUAUUAGCGGAUUUUUGAAUUUGUGGAUUAAUGGAUUAUUGGAUGAUUGGAUUCACGGACCUGCGUCCGAGUUCAGUUUGGUUUUAGUUCGUUCGAUUCGUUGAGAAGUUCUCGGUCGGCCAACCGAUUAGAUAAGCCCAAUGAGCAAUAACAAAAUACCACAAGAUUGCAUAUAAAAUAUUCUUAAUAUUAACUACGAUAAUUACACAAUAAUCUCUAUAUAGGCAUACAAAUAAUAAUACAAUUAAAAACAUAUCGUCUUCAAGUCAUGCAAACGGAUAAACCAAAUUUAAAAAUAUUUUUUUUUUUUAUAAGCGUAAUUUACAAACUAAUAUUAAACUGAGAAAUCGCUAAGAAAAAUGAAGCUUACUAUUAAAAACCAAAAAAAAAAUGAUGCAGAGAGACCGCAGCAUAGGAAUGAUAGAAAGGAUAAUUUGAGGGCAAAAGGAGGAGAGGAACCAACUUGGCCAGACUACAACUAAAAGUGAUAUAAAAACCAAAAACAAGAGUCACAAAACAAAA